AUGAGUGAGGACAAACCAGCUGAGACGGUAGAAACUGCCACCGAGGUGAACUCUGUUCCUAACGGGAAGGGCCAUGAACCUGGAGAGGAGAUCACAGCAUCGGCCAAAACACCAUCUGCAGACGCCUGUGAAAAGGAAAAUGUACCCAAUAGUACCCAGAAUGCAAGUCCCCACAGAACUGAGAAUGCAGAGGCCAACCUCCCAGAGGGCCAGGAGUUCUUAUCAGGCGUGGAGGAAAAGAAGACCAUGCGAUUUACGGAUUUUGAGGGAAAAACUUCAUUCGGGAUGUCAGUCUUCAACUUGGGGAAUGCAAUCAUGGGAAGUGGAAUCCUUGGACUUGCAUAUGCAAUGGCAAAUACGGGGGUCGUCCUGUUUUUGGUUCUUCUAACAGUGGUGGCAGCCCUUUCAUCAUAUUCCAUCCAUUUACUGCUUAAGUCAUCUGGUAUUGUAGGUAUUCGUGCAUAUGAACAGCUCGGCUACAGGGCCUUUGGGACCCCAGGGAAGAUGGCGGCUGGUAUUGCCAUCACACUGCAAAACAUUGGAGCCAUGUCCAGUUACCUGUACAUAGUCAAGUAUGAAUUUCCUCUGGUCAUCCAGGCCUUUCUGAAGCUGGAUAAUCCUGCAGGUGAAUGGUACGUGAAUGGAAACUACCUCGUCAUCAUCGUAUCUUUAGCAGUAAUAUUACCACUGGCUCUCAUGAAACAGUUAGGGUAUCUGGGAUAUACCAGUGGCUUCUCCCUGAGCUGCAUGGUUUUCUUCCUGGUUUCGGUCAUCUACAAGAAGUUCAAUACCCCAUGUCCAUUCACGGACUUUUCGUUCAACGGCACUGCCAGUGUGCUGAAUGUUAGUGCCAAAGACCCUGGAGGGGAGGACGACCCUACUUGUAUUCCCAAAAUGGCCAACCUCAACUCACAAACGGCCUACACCAUCCCCAUCCUGGCGUUUGCCUUUGUGUGCCACCCUGAGGUCCUGCCCAUCUACACAGAGUUGCGCAAUGCCAGCAAGAAAAAGAUGCAGCAUGUGGCCAACAUCUCCAUUGCAGUCAUGUACACCAUGUACUUCCUGGCUGCUCUUUUUGGAUACCUAACUUUCUAUGGUGAAGUGGAAGCUGAGCUGCUUCACACCUACAGCCGUAUUGACCCAUAUGACACUUUGAUUUUGUGUGUGCGUGUGGCUGUGCUUACAGCUGUCACACUCACUGUACCCAUCGUGCUCUUUCCUGUACGGAGAGCGAUCCAGCAGAUGAUGUUCCCCAACAAGACUUUUUGCUGGGCCCGCCACAUCGCAAUUGCCUUCGUUCUGCUCACUUUCAUCAACCUGCUGGUCAUCUUUGCCCCCAACAUCUUGGGCAUCUUUGGGAUCAUAGGUGCCACAUCUGCCCCUUGUCUUAUUUUCAUCUUCCCUGCUGUUUUCUACAUACGUAUUGUACCCAAAGAAGAGGAACCACUGCGCUCAGUCCCCAAAAUCCUGGCUGCCUGCUUCGCUGGAAUAGGCUUCCUGUUUAUGAUAAUGAGUCUCAGCUUUAUUAUCAUUGAUUGGACAUCGGGCACCAGCAAAGCCAGCAGUGGUCACUAG